GUCUCGGACGAAGACGUCCAAGGUACGUAGGCCAUCCGGCUGGACACGCGCGUCGACGCGAAACGACUCUUCCUCCCAGUUGGUUCGUCCGCGAGACCCCACUCACGCAGCCUGUUUCCCACAACAAACACCCACCUUCUGUUCCGCGGCAGCCAUGAAAUCGGGGCUGCUGGGCCUUCCGGGAGUCCUGCCGGAAAUCACCGAGCACGAACUGGCAGACGACCUCUUGCUAGAGGGAGGCCAGAACCACCCCGCCGGGAAGAACCGAUCGGUGGUGUGGUCGGCGACCUUUGCCUCGGUGGAGGACUACGAGACCUACGAAACCUCCGAGGAGCACGUCGCAGUCGUCACGAACCUGAUCAAGCCCAUCAUCGUUCCUGGAUCCAGAGCCGCCAUUCAGUACCACACCAAGUGAUGGGGUUGGGCGGGUGGCCAAUCGACCAGCUUAUCAACGCAACGCAAUACAUCACACACGACAAA